AACAAAACUGUUUUCUUUUUUCUUUUUUCUUUUUUUCUCCCCUCAUCGUGUGGAUUUUUAUAUAUAAUUCUCCACAAAUCAAUGGCUGUUAAUCUGUUGCUGCAUUCGAAAUGGAUCAACCAUGAGGUACUGAAAGCUUCUGCUCGCCCAAUCAUCAGAGAUAUGGAAAUAUAAAAAAUCUUGCUUUCUCUACUUGCUACAUAUAUAUAUAUAUAUGAGCACAGUAGCAGUUUUGCCAUUUACAAUUUCUCAUUGACAUUUUGCUCGCAUGGCUGGAAGGCAGAAACAAAAAGGACUUGGCAACUCAUGUGUUCUUCUUAUAGUGGUAGCUGGCAUGGAGAGAUUUGCAUUCAAGGGAGUAGCAUCGAAUCUGGUGACAUAUCUCACUGACAUUGUUGACAUGAGCAACUCCUCUGCAGCCAAAACGGUGAACAGUUGGUGUGGAUUCACAUCUAUGUUGCCUUUGCUGGUGGCACCUCUUGCUGAUUCUUACUGGGAUCGUUAUUCUACCAUUCUCGCCUCUUCGUUUCUAUAUGUUGUGGGACUUGUGGCUGUAACAUCAACAGCAUUAGCUCGGGCAUGGUCUCCUUCAAACAGCAAAAUCUCUUCUUCAUUUCUGUUUUGGUCUCUAUGUUUGAUUUCACUAGGCCAAGGAGGAUAUAACCCAUCACUACAAGCCUUCGGAACAGACCAACUCGAUAACGAUGAAGAACUGCCUUCUGACACAGCUGACCAGAAGUCUACAAAGAAAAGUUUAUUCUUUCAAUGGUGGUAUUUUGGUGUUUGUACUGGCAGCUUGUUGGGUGUCACACUCAUGGCUUACAUUCAAGAUACAUUUGGUUGGGUACUAGGAUUUGCUAUUCCUACAAUUGCAAUGAUCGUAUCGAUUGCAUUUUUCUCCUGUGGAAGCCGUAUUUAUGCAUAUAGAGCUGGUGGGAAUCUCAAUGUUAAGCUUUUUCAGAGACUAACUCAGGCUAUCAAAGCAAGAACAUCAAAACUCUUGAGUAGCAGAAUCACUUUAUCAGAUGACAAUUCUAAUGUGGUGGAGCUAGAGCUUCAAGAGAAACCUCUUUGUCCGUCAAAUUUGGUCAGCAGAAAGGACUUGGAUGAGAAUCCCAGCACAGAAGCAUAUGUACUACAAAACCUGAGAAUAAUAAUCCGUCUUUUACCCAUAUGGACAAUGCUCCUAAUGUUUGCAGUAAUUUUUCAACAACCUGCAACAUUUUUUACCAAACAAGGAAUGACCAUGAAGAGGAACAUUGGAAGCAAGUUCAAGAUCCCACCUGCAACCCUACAAAGUGCUAUCACUCUCUCUAUAAUCCUCUUAAUGCCUUUAUAUGACAAAAUUUUAAUCCCAGCCACACGUUUAAUAGCCCGAGACGAGAAGGGAAUCACCGUGAUGCAAAGAAUGGGGGUAGGCAUGUUUCUGUCCAUCAUCGCCAUGGUGAUAGCCGCAGUUGUUGAGACCAAGAGGCUCAAGAUGAGCAAGAAAAUGGGAAUUCUCAAUAUGGAAUCAGAAACAGUAAAUUUAAGUAUAUUUUGGUUGUUGCCUCAGUACAUUCUGCUGGGAAUUUCAGAUAUUUUCACUGUUAUUGGCAUGCAAGAAUUCUUCUACAAUGAGGUUCCUGUUAAAAUGAGAACAAUGGGGUUUGCACUUUACACCAGUGUUUUUGGUGUGGGAAGCUUCUUGAGUGCCUUGCUUAUCUCACUCAUUGAACUCUUUACAAGUUCAAGAGAUAGAAAAGGUUGGUUCUCUGAUAACAUGAGAGAAACUCGGUUAGACAAAUAUUACUGGCUUCUGGCAAUUGCAAGUGCAGUGAGCUUGUUACUGUACAUAGUUUUGUGCAAAUGCUUCAAGAGUAGGAGCGAUUUCGAAGAUGAAAAUUGUAAGUGAGCUCUUUCAAAGUUUUCUAGUUUUUCCUGUCUUGUUGAUUUCAUCAAUGUAAAUAUUGAUGUAUUGAGCAGCAGCUUCAUAUAGCAGGAAACUUCAAUGUUAAUCAGCUUAACAUGGCCAUGGUCAUGGAAUUAUCUCAGGUCUUGAUUUGUAGUGUGUUUUAUUAAACGUGUAAUACUUGUUUACAGUCAUUUGGUUGUAAAUUGUGAAAGUAUUGGAUGUGGAUGAAGGAAUUGGAGAUACAGAAUGAAGAAACUCACUUUUUCCUCC